AUGACUAGAUUCUCAACCCUAAUUGCUUUAUUGUCCUUCACUGCAACAAUUAAUAUGUAUGCUGUCCAAGUUUCAUAUGGAAUGAGUAAUUAUGAGGACUAAUACAUUUCUUUGAAACUCAACAAUGAUUGGCUCUCACUCGGUUUCGAGGAGUACCCAACUGCUGGUUAUUCUUAUAUGGUCGGCAAGAGAGCAGCUGCUAAAGAUCAAAUUCUUGAAAUCAGAAAGGUAUAAUUCCUCCCUCAAGGUGGAGUUGAAGAUGAGAUUCACGGACUUGGAGGAAAGAAAUAUUACGAUAUCUAUCCAAAGACUGCUGGAAAAGAAACUCUUGAUGUGAUCUACGGAAAAUUGACCACAAUCUAGCAAUACAUUAAUAAAAAUGGAACAAUUAACUACGACUAGGCUGAAUAAGAUGGAGUAAUUCAAAAGCACUUUUCCAUUUAAGUUGAGGUCCUCUCAAGCACAAGUGACAAAUUCCUCUCUCAAUGA